GCUCGAGCAAGCUCAGUAUGAAAUUGAUGGCGAAUUGAGAAAGAAGCUAAAGGAGAGAAAAAAGUUCCAAGUGAAAAAAAAUUAUAUUCCCAGCGAAAAUUAUUACCGAGCUAAAUAAUCGGAAUCUUACGAAAGCGAAUUAUCUUCACACCUCAAACACAGUAAAUGCGAAUGAAGUGAAAAUUCUAGCAAAAGAAAACUCACGUCCCUUCUGUAAAGGAUAAGGAGGAAGCAUCCGGAAUCGAGCAAAAGAAAGCAAAAACAAGCGCGAUCGGCGACAAGCAAAGGAAUAAAAACCACCACCUUACCGCUUAAAGCGAGCGUGAGUUGUGUGCGUGCGUGUGUGGCUGUGUGUGCGCGAAACCACUUCUUGGGCAGUAGAGAAUACAGAGGAAAUCCAAUAUCUGGUCUAACAUUCUGGUGCUACCGGCAAAGAAGCUUCCGCAAAGUCGCAACUCGAACAAAAGGACUGCUAGCUCCUUUGGUGUGUUGUGUGUGAGUGCAAUUUCUUCCAGUUUUCGGUGAAUAGUUUUCUGCGACGGAACGGCGCGAUUCUUUUAGAGCAGGAGAAUUCCAAGUCACUAAUUUUACUGUGCAAUUUUGUACAAUAUAACACAAACACCCAAUCAGAUUCCACCUCGAACACAAAACAACGGUUACGAGUGGAGUCGUGUCACAAUAAGUGAGUGUGUGUGGUCGUAAAUAGUUACGUGCGCGCGUGGGGGAUAAGCGAACAAACUUUCAAAUACGUUGAACCCCGCCACGUGAAAACGGGCCACGAAAAAACCCCUUCCCAGCGAAGAACAAAACAAAUCAUUACAGCGCGCUAGUGAGUACGGUGAGAAUACAAGACUUUUCUAAUUUAUUACGUUACUAAGAAGCGCUACAUGUGUGCAGGGCGGUACCGUGCUGAAGGUGAACACAGAACAGGAUUGGUUUCAAACGAGCAGGGCGAAGCGAGAACCCGGUUGCCGGUUGCAAGUACGAGCUAGAUAAAACAACGGUCAUAAUAAGUCGUGCACAAACACGCAUACACAGCGCCGAACAAGAAAGCACGUCCAAACGUAGCUAGCGAUUUAGUGUGGCGCUUUGCUGUGAAUCCCUAGCAUCGACGGCGGCGGCUGCACCGGUGUGGCGACCGCGAGGAAGCGAAGACGGUACAAGAGAGCAAGCAAGCAGAUGAUAUCGUUGCUUAGCAGCUAACACGAAGGCGCGGAACCACAGUGAUUAAGAUUAAAACAAAACAAAAUUUGUGAAUAUUAGAUUUGUAGUGGAGUUAGCAUAAGUGUGGAGAGCAAGGUACAAGGUGAAAACUAAUCAUAAGAGAGUGAAACAGCAAGCGCGUUCUGCAGCACCGAAAGAGGAAAAGGAAAAGAUACGCGCCAAUACUCAUCUUACUACACGUAAAACUAGCCCCCCACCCCCAACAACCAAGUUAGUGGUUAAUGUGGAGGACACUUAAUCGUAAAACAUUGCUGCUAGUAGUACUGCAGAGUGGAGGAAAGUCACUCGGUUUUGGUUUAUCCUUUUUAAACUGAAAUUACCAACAAACACGCACCGUAAAUAGUUUAUUUGUAUAGAGCGAAGAAUCCAAGUGUGUGGUGUUGUGGUUUUGGAGCACAAAUAGGCGAAUUUCUAUAGUUUUCGAAAGUAAGCGGGAGAGAAACAAAAAAGAGCGGAGCUAACAUCAACCUAUAUCAUCAGCGUCAUGAUGACUGAAACGUUGAAUUCGAAUAAUCAUCUCAGCCAGAAAGGCGAGAACAACAAAGUUGGUGACAUGGGAUGGAAGGCCAAACUUAAAAUACCGCCCAAAGAUACUAGAGUUAAGACUAGUGAUGUUACUGAUACCCGAGGAAACGAGUUUGAGGAGUUUUGCCUGAAACGGCCACUGUUGAUGGGCAUCUUCGAGAAGGGUUGGGAGAAACCUUCCCCAAUCCAAGAGGCGGCCAUACCGAUCGCCCUGGUCGGUAAGGACAUACUGGCGCGAGCGAAGAACGGUACCGGCAAGACGGGCGCGUACAGCAUCCCUGUACUGGAGCAGGUCGAUCCGACCAAGGAUUACAUCCAGGCCCUGAUCAUAGUGCCGACGCGCGAGCUGGCCCUGCAGACGUCACAGAUCUGCAUCGAGCUGGCGAAGCACAUGAACAUUCGCGUCAUGGUGACCACCGGCGGAACGAACCUGAAGGACGAUAUCAUGAGAAUUUAUCAGAAAGUUCAAGUGAUCAUUGCCACGCCCGGUCGUAUCCUCGAUCUCAUGGACAAAGAGGUGGCCAACAUGUCCCAGUGCCGGAUGCUAGUAUUAGACGAGGCGGAUAAGCUGCUGUCGCAGGACUUUAAAGGCAUGCUGGAUCAUGUCAUUAUGAGAUUGCCAAAGGAGCGCCAGAUACUGCUGUUCUCCGCGACAUUCCCACUGAGCGUGAAGAACUUUAUGGAGAAGCAUCUGCGCGAUCCGUACGAGAUCAAUCUGAUGGAGGAGCUGACGCUGAAGGGUGUCACGCAGUACUACGCAUUCGUGCAGGAACGCCAGAAGGUGCACUGUCUGAACACGCUCUUCUCGAAGCUGCAGAUCAACCAGUCGAUCAUCUUCUGCAAUUCGACGCAGCGUGUCGAACUGCUCGCGAAAAAGAUUACCGAGCUGGGCUACUGCUGCUACUACAUCCACGCCCGUAUGCAGCAGGCCCACCGGAACCGUGUGUUCCACGACUUCCGAUCGGGUCUGUGCCGGAAUUUGGUGUGCUCCGAUCUCUUCACUCGUGGUAUCGACGUACAGGCUGUGAACGUUGUAAUUAAUUUUGAUUUCCCCAAGAUGGCAGAGACCUACCUGCACAGAAUCGGUAGAUCCGGACGUUUCGGACAUUUGGGUAUCGCCAUCAAUCUAAUCACCUACGAGGAUCGUUUCGAUCUUCACCGCAUUGAGAAGGAGCUGGGCACGGAAAUUAAGCCCAUCCCGAAGGUGAUCGAUCCGGCACUGUACGUACCGCGGCCGGAUGAUCCAAACAGCGCGCAAGAGGAGCAAAACGUUAGUAAAUAAGUAAGGAAUGCUGCGGGGAGCGGGGCUGGUGGAGUGUGAUAGAGAGUGUGAAUAGCGCGGGGCAGAAGGAAAGAGACACAACGAUGGAUAUGGAUAAGGGUGUAAAAAUUGAUAAGAAGGGAGAGAAGAGAGAGAGUUGUGUUGGUGCGCGGAUGGGAUUAGUGUGUGUACAUUAUUGAUUAGCAGCAGCAGCAGCAGCAACAUCAUCAACCAGCGCCAAAACAAAGGAAAAGCCGAGGAAAUUUUUGGAUGAGCAAAACAGGCAGGCAAGGCAGAGAGCACACACUCAGUGCAGAAUGUGUACACCUUGAACAUGAAAUAACGAGGACAUUUUACAUUAUCUAAACUGUAACGUCAUAAAAUCCAUUGCGCGCAACCAAUAUUACUACCACAAACCAAAACAUUUAGUAAUUUGCAAACCCAGACAGGAAAACCAAACCCCCCUGUUAGCAUAUGUUCGUUGUUCAACAUUAGGCCGCGAUGCGCGAUAGUUUUUCCUGUUUUCGGUGAUGCCCGUUUUCUGUGUUGGUUGGCGUGGAACAAAGAUAUGAUCUUUUCCCUCCCAACGAAAGGAAGGCAUCUGGUAAAUGGAUUCUUGCCUUGUUUCGGAUUCGAGCCGGCUUGUGCGAGAGAACGAGAUGUGUGUGUUCACUAGCAAGUGAACGCGCGCAAGGUUCAACUGAGUGUUGUUAUACCUUCUUCUUCUGCGCGCAACCGUAAGCUCGAGCCAUGUGUGAUAAUCAGGCUCGAUGCUUCCAUGGGAUGCAAAAGAAAACAUGAUGGGAGCGCUGAUAAUGAGGAAAACGAACACGAAUGAAGGUUCAGUUGGCCCUACCUCUUCUGGCGUUAAACCGGCUUGAGUUGACACGGUAGACAAUCUCGUCGUUAUGCUGUGUGUAGCUCGCGCAAUCACAUACUCCAAACGACUGCGGUACUAAUUUUUACGAAUCGACUCUUUUCUAUCGAUGUUCGGCGUAAAAAUAGCAUUUGUGAAUAGCAGGAAUUCGCAGCACAAUAUGUGUAGCAGAUGUGUAUGCAUACACACGAUCGAUCAUUCUCCCAGCCAGGUGUGUUGAGGGUUAGAGGACAGUCCAGAUUUAAGCAUUACACUCCCCACCAAGCCCCAAUAAUCCUAUUAAUCCUACCCCCGCCGCCUACAUUACAACAUCUUACUCUCUUCUUCGACACCCGCAUUCAGCACCCCGAGAUCAUAUUAUUCAUUAUCAUACAUUAUCAGCAAACACAACACACAGGAAAGAGAGAGAGAGCAGGAGGAAUCAGAGGGAAGAAAUAGAGAACAGAUAAGAGAGAGAAAGGUUAAUUUUUGAGGAUAAAGUUAGAAGGUCUUGUGCACACACCACCGCAUAAAGAAGAACUUUUGGUGCACAUUAACACGGAAGCAACGGAAAAGCGCGGAAGAUCAGGGCGUAAAAAGAUUUUUGAAUUUUAGCAUGUGAUGAGAGAGAGAGAGAGAGAGAGAGAGAGAGAGAGAGAGAGCGUGAAGUUUGUGGACGGUUAAGAUUACACGUUUGAAGAUGCAUUGAUGUGUAACGGGCUAGUUGAAAAUCGAAUACAUAACAAAACAAACACAGAGCGAGAGAGAGAGAGCGAGAGAGAGAGAGAUGUGGAAAAGUAAUCGGAAAUGAUUUGUGUUUGAUAAGAUUAUGUUGGGAUUCGGUGGUGUAUACCCCCUCGGUGUACGGUGGUGAGCAGCACUGUAGAAGAAUAGUUUGUGGAGGGAAGAUUACCUUUCUUCCAUUUGUUUUGAACCUUUUUUUUGUUUGUAUUAUGAUAAUUACAUUUGAUUUGCUCGUCGUAUCCGUUCGUAUGUCCGCCGGGCAUGGGAAACACAUGACACGGGAGAGGGGGGGUCUAUGUUGAACAUGAUUGUUGUGUGUCGAUUUCCAUCCAGGGUUCGGGAAUGUAUGUGUGCGAUUGUGUUAUACGAGCGAAUGGAGGAAACACAAAAUCUGUAGGAAAGCUUAUCUGCCAGCGCGUACUACUGCGUAGCACGCUGCAGCAGAAUCUAUUCUCUACAGAUGGAAUGGUUGAGUUAUAAGAUAUGGUCGAGAGAGAGAGAUAGAGAGAGAUAGAGAGAGAUACGAGAUUUAUACAUGCAAAACGGGAAUGAACCAUACGAUCGGCAGGAUGGUUGAGGAUAUACAACGGUUGCGGUCGGGGGGACGUCCGGCUUUUCGUUGAUCCCCUUCCAGACCACAAUGAAGAAAAUCCACACAUCCGUUUCUUUCUUGGUUUUUUUUUUGUUUAUCUAGUACAGCAUUAAAGCAAAUCUAAACGUUGGCAAAAAUGUUGAGUUUCAAAGAAGGCUCGUACGCUAGUGUUUUGAAAGCGCGCACUGGACAAAAACAGAAAGCAUACAAUGUGGUAUUGUGCGAAGCCAAGGCAUGGGAACAGGUGGAAAACGUAUAUUGUACAUAUUAAAUAGGCUAAUAUAGCGAUUACUAAACACAACUGGUGAAGAACAGAAGUUCGGAAGAAACAGAUAUAGUAGGGGGGGAGAGGGACGGAUAUCGAGACAAAGGGAAUGAAAGGAUAGACUGAUGAGCUAUUGCAAAACUAAUACACACAACCCAUGAACAUUUUCAUGGUACGAUAGGGGGGGGAGGGAACUGAACAAAAAUGGGCGAGAGAAGCGCGAAACAGGUGAGACAGUGUGAGACAGUGUGUCGAAGACCAUUGUUUAAUGCUCUCGCUGCUGGGCAAAAUUGGAAGCGGGGGUGGGGAUUUGAUUGAAUAUGAACAGCUUUUACUUGCACCACUAUAUUGACUUGAUGAUGUAUGGGAAAAAAGGCUAGUCACAUACCCAUUGUACGGAACGCGGCAAUGAAUUACCUUUAACGCAUUGAUUUGCUCUGAUAUGAAUAGCUAGCAACAACGUAACUUGAUAAGAGCAGCAUAUAGGUACGGUGAAAACAGUGUAAAGCCCCGGUUCUACCAUACAUCUGGUUGAAAUGAUUAACGUAAAGAGGACACAAUGGCAGUGAAUGAAAUAGCGACUGAGACGAUUUCCAGCGCACGAAACCGUGUUUCCGCUGGAGUUGUCGCUGCAGAUGCUGUGGGGCCUCCCUUUCCGGUGUUGGGCGUUUGUAAGUGUGGCAACAACAAUAUCAACCAAAUCCCUUUGCGCAGUUUUGUCCCGUCAGUCGCGAGUUAUUGAAAUAUGGGGUCAGGCAACAACAAUCGACGAGUAGAGUAGUGGUGCGAGAGGUAAACUUUAUCAGGGAUACCCGAAGAUUACAGCUGAGGGGAGAAAGAGAGAGAGAAACGAACGAAGAAUCAGAAUGGGAACAGCAGGUAUAUCACAGAGGUAUAGGGACGAGAAGAGUAGCUGUGCGAUCAAUUUUUCAAACACCACCCCCUCAAAGAGGGGAGAAAUGGGUGAUUCUCUUGAAGUUUCGAGAGGAUGAAAUAAAUUCAUUUCUUCUUACACACAUGCUUCAUCAAUUUGCUAUCAACAUCAACGACCAGAGAGAAGGAUCAAAGCGCAGAAUUGUCUGAUUAAGAUCAGGGGGUGUGGGGUAAAACAAGGCGUAAUAGGAAAUUAAUUUAGAUUAAUCGUAGAUGCGCGAUGAAUGCAGGAGGACAGAUGGCCAAGUAUGAACGGACUUUCAAGGAUGAGUGGUGAUAAUUCUGUACGUGUGUUGGUGAUGAGUUGAAUGGAUUUUGAAUGCGCGUUGUGUGGCCAUCGGGCAGAGUGAACGUGUAGUGGUGUGCGAAUGAGUGACACGUAUGAAUGGGUUUUUUACUUUUAAAUGUUAGAGAAAUGGAACAGAAAUGAAACAAAACAGAGGAGACAUUCUUGGACGUCUCGAAGUACUUCCAACAACGCUCUCCGUAUUAGACUGCGUGCCAUCUUUUUCUUUUUCGUGUAUGUAACCCGGUGGUCGAGAAGAUACAUUUCCUAAACAGCUCAAACGUGGCUUGUCGCCUUACCAACUACUCCGCAAGGUGGAGUUGCGCGCACGUUUAAGAAAGGAAUCUUCGAUUGGGAAAACGGUAUCUUCUACCAAAUCUGGGCAACAUCAUCACUGCUUGCUGUGGGCGCUAGUCGGGGGGGGGGGGGGGAUACGAUUGUAAAAUAAGAAGGGUUGAGAGCAAUUGCUGUGUCACGAUGAAGCUUAACAUCUCGGGACUCGGGGCGGUGUAGCUUCAUGGAGAAGAGCAAAUUUUUAGUGCGAAGAGAUCUUACAUGAUACUUCCCGUGAACGAUAGGACUUCCUGUUGCUUUUAGUGGUGUGUCCUAUCCGGGUGUGGUUGGCCGAUGCAAGGAGAUGUAUCAGUCUGGGUAAUUCAGUAUGGUAACAAACACAUUUACAUUGAAACAACACCACUACGCACGAUGGAAUAACGAAGAUAGCGGAGGGAGAAAGGACAACACAACAACAGCAAACAAUUACUUCAACGUACCUGCAUUUUACACGAAGACAAUUAAGAAAUGAAGACAUGUCUCUGGAAUCAAGGCGCGCGGUAGUAGUAGUAGGGGUGGAGAAAAUGUCCGUAACAUUUUGUGUGCCGUGUGUAGGGAAAGGGACAUACAUUCUUUUGGAUUAGGAAACUGUUAAUUCUUGACGCUGAAAAGAUCGGUGAAAAAUCAAAACUAUGUUUAUAAACGAGCAUUGCAAAUACCACCAUGGGUCGAGACGGCAAGGAUCCAAAUUCAUCAAAGUCCGUCAAAAAAUCUUCCAAUAGUAGUUUCCGGCUUAUGGUCCGGUUACCCGAUGCGAUCUUAGUUAGGUUUCUAUAUCAGCAGCUUACGUUUUUCUUUCGACCAACGUUAAUUUGAUUCAACUAUCAUGCAGCAUCAGAGUUCGUACGCUGUGGCCUCUGUCUGGCCUAAUCUACCGACCGACAUCUUCAUGUUAGACCAAUGGCGAUAGAUAGUCAGUUGAGAGACAAGGUGUAAAUUUGGGAACGGAUAUGUUACGCCUCUUCAAGAUCCGCGGUUUACAAAAGUGUCUUUUAAUGGUUUAUAUACUUUACGGACUUAACGUAAGAAAAGUGAGGAGUUGGCUAACCAUCGGUGACAGUGAUGAAUGUGAGUUUCCGUACCGUUAUUACUUCAGACACAUAUACACGAACAAGUAACGAUUCGCGCCAACUAAACCUGAAAUUCGAAGAUUCCUCACAAAUCAAAGCUAUUUUUUCCUUAACGUAGGUCGAUCCUCUCACCCGAGGCUGCUCACGAGUAUUUGCGGUGAUGGCAGUAAAUCCCGCCAACUGUGAUUUAGGGAGUGACUUUUUUUUUUCUUCAAAUCUCAGUUGGUUUGAUUUUGGGAGUGUGGGUCUGUUACGCGCCAAAUUGGUGGAAAGCUUCGUUCGCAUCUGGGACAUCAAGAAAAAAAAAAACCCUUGGUUUCUUCAUUAUCCUUGAUACGAGGACUUCAGUUACAGAUUAGUUUUGCGAAGAAAGUGAGCAGCAUUAGGGGAAAGCAAUAAAGAUCUCCGAUUGACCUACUAAAGAUAGCAGUUUUUAAGUAGCUUUGACUUGUGCCAUAAAAAGGGACGAAGGAAAAACAGUAGCAUACGAAUUCAUUCCCACGUAACGAGAGAGAGGAAAUGAACUGAAAGAGAACAAUAACAUCGAACACAGACACAUCUCACAAUUUCCAUCUUACAAGUGUGUGUGUGUGUGGAGCUACUGUGAAAAGUCGAAACAAAUGUACAAAAACGGGUGUGUGUGUGUGUGGGACAUACACGAAGCGAAGGCAACCCAAACCGUCGUCGGUGGUGGUGGGUGGGGUAUGUCCUUUGAGUGAGCGAUUUUCUUACUCUAAAUCUACUCCUAUUGGUGUUAAGUAGCAAAUGGAAGCGCGAGUUUUUACAAUACCAUCCAAUCAUAUUGUCGUACAAAGGGAAAAGCGAGGGGAAAGCGUGCGUGUGUAACACAUAUACAUGCGGUCGUGUUUGAUCGAGACAAAGAAAAAGAACAAUGUCAGGAACUAACAGGAAGAAUGUUUGAAAAAAGGGGUACGAUCCGAAGGGAAACUCUGUUUUUUUAAUUGUUAGCAAAAACAAAACUAAAACACAACCCCAUAAAUACACCACAUCAAGUAACAAUCAACCAAUAUCUAUAAUGAGUGAGUGAUAAGAAAACAAGAGCAGGGAAACGAAGAAAAAACAAUGCAGACAACAGCAGCGAGGGCACCGGAACACUUAAUUAACAGAUAGCAGAACAAGAUAAAAGAGAAAAAUCGCAAAAGAAAUCAAUCAUAUUCUGUGAAAAUCAUUUUAAAUCAACAUAUUUCGCUAACUAAGUCAACCGAAUUAAGGUGCAGAGCCAACAUUACCAACAACGCAAAACAAUAUAAAGAAAUUUGCAAAACGAUCAACCAUGAACCCGCGGUGAGGGCAGGUCCUCUUGUAUUUGCUGGACGGAAGACGAACGACGAUAAAUGUGAGAACGGUACCUGAAAUUUGUAACAUUAACGUAGGAAUAGGUUUAGAAACGAUUUUAACUCACACAGAGGAGAAGGAAACAACUGAAGAAAACAACCGAAAAAAAAAA